GAGGACGAGGACGAAUGCGAAGGUGGUCGGUGGAAAUCCGGAUGGGCGGCCUCGGUUCGGCUUGAAAGGUUUGGGCACCGUCGGAUCAGAGGAGCAGCGUCUAAAGGUAUCGGCGGCUUGUUAACCGGAGGUCGACAAUUUAACCACAUGAACAAUCCAAAGGCUGUGAACCAAUGGAAUAGGACCGUUAAGAGAUUGUAUUCUACACAUAGAAAAUACGGCAUGAAUGCCAUAGACGCCUAUGCCAUCAAAACAGCGUUCAACCUAGAGACGAGCCGCCACAAUAACCAGCUCCAAGAUUUACUUAAAAGGAACCAAAUUUCUGAGGCAAGCGAACUGUUCGACCGAAUGCCCCAAAGAAACACUUUGUCAUUUAACAUCAUGAUUUCCUGCCACCUCAAGUUAGGCGACCUCUUUCAUGCCAGGGAGCUUUUUAACAGCAUGUCAGACCGGACUGCGAUUACUUGGACGACACUAAUCGGUGGGUACGCACAGAACAAUCAGCCCAGAGAGGCUUUUAGCCUUUUUGUCGAAAUGCUGAGGACAGAUGUGAGGCCCGAUUCGGUCACGUUUACAACCGUCUUGUCGGGCUGUGAUGAGACGAUUACGAAAAGGGAUGUGAGCCAAGUCCAUGCCCAGGUUGCCAAGCUUGGGGUCAGAGCAGACCUGUCACUCUGCAACACCUUGCUCGAUUCCUACUGCAAGUCCCAGAGUCUUGACUUGGCUUUUGACUUCUUUAUGGAGAUGGGCCUGCGAGACACCAUCACUUUCAACACGAUGAUCACAGGCUUCUCGAGAGAAGGUGCAAUUGGCGAUGCAGUAAAAUUCUUCUCGGGGAUGCAGAGUUACGGUUUUAGACCCACUAAUUUCACCUUUGCCGCACUUUUACGGGCGUGUGCCGAUCUAAAUGACACCGCCCUCGGGUUGCUGAUCCACGGGCUGGUCAUCAAGGCCAAUGUUAUCCAGGACGUGUUUGUUUGCAACGCGCUUCUUGAUUUUUACUCCAAGCAUGAUUUCGUUGAGGAUAUGAGAACAUUGUUCGACCAGAUGCCAGUGUUGGAUGGUGUCUCGUACAACAUUCUUAUAACGAGUUAUGCUAAAAACGCGCAGCUCAAUGAAUCACUCUAUCUCUUCAAACAAUUGCGGCUGACCAAUUUUAGCCGGAGGGAUUUUCCUUUUGCGACCAUGCUGAGUGUAGCUGCAAACAAGCAGGAUAUCAAGAUGGGAAGGCAGUUACACGCGCAGGCUCUCGUUACGAAUGCAGAUUCAGAAACCCAAGUGGCGAACGCCUUAGUCGACAUGUACGGAAAAUGCGGAAAGUUCGAGCAGGCCAAUACUUUAUUCAGGAGUUUGGCAUACACGGGCACCAUCCCUUGGACGGUCAUAAUUUCGGCCUACGUCCACCAUGGCCUCGAUCCCAAGGCCCUCGACUUGUUCAACGAGAUGCGCAGAGCCGACAUCCAUGCGGACCAAUCGACUUUUGCGAGCAUAUUGAACGCCUCGGCAAACUUGGCCUUGAUUUCGUUGGGAAAGCAACUGCACGCACGUCUGAUAACUGCUCGAUUCGAGUCCAACGUUUAUUGCGCGAGUGCCCUCUUGGACAUGUACGCGAAAUGCGGAUCGUUGAGAGACUCGGUCGCGAUUUUCGAAAGCAUGCCCGAGAGGAACAGCAUCACGUGGAACGCGAUGAUCUCGGCGUACGCGAAGGAUGGGGAUGCCGAGGCCACUUUUCGCUUGUUUGAUGAGAUGGCGAGUUUGGGCUUCAGGCCCGACCACGUCAGCUUCCUCUCGGUGUUAACCGCUUGCAGCCAUAACGGGCGAGUGGACGAGGCCCUUCGCUAUUUCGACACGAUGACUCGGACUUGUGGGCUCGUCCCGCGAAGGGACCACUACGCGUCCCUGGUGGACGUACUCUGCCGGAGGGGCCGGUUUGCAGAGGCCGAGGACUGGAUGGAGCGGAUGCCCUUCGAGCCCGACGAGAUCAUGUGGUCUUCGGUUUUGAACUCGUGCAGGAUCCACAAAAAUCUGGAGUUUGCAAAAAGAGCUGCCCGUGAGCUUUUCGAGCUCGACGGGCUCAGGGACGCCGCAGCUUACGUCACGAUGUCGAAUAUUUACGCGGAGGCCGGGGACUGGGAUGACGUGGCGAAGGUCAAGAAGGCCAUGCGUGAGCGUGGGGUCCGCAAGGUGCCGGCCAACAGCUGGGUUGAGGUGGAUCGCGAGGUGCACGUGUUUUCAGUUAAUGACAGGUCCCACCCGUUGAGUAAGGAGAUUAGGAGGAAGAUAGAUGAGCUGGCGGAGAGGAUGGAAGCAGAAGGGUACCAGCCGGAUGUGAGCUGUGCCUUACAGAAAGUGGACGACGUGGCAAAAGCUGAGUCGCUCAAGUACCAUAGUGAGAGGUUGGCGAUUGCUUUUGCUCUUAUUAAGACUAAAGAGAGUUUGCCGAUAGUGGUGAUGAAGAAUUUGAGGGCGUGCGUGGAUUGCCAUGCUGCUAUUAAGGUGAUCUCGAGGAUUGUGGGUAGGGAGAUUACGGUGAGGGAUUCGAGUAGGUUUCAUCGGUUUAAGGAUGGGUCGUGCUUUAUUUUAUGCGGGUUGGAUUGUGAGACUGAGCUGGAAUUCAUUUUAGGGGUCGUGUUUCUUAUGGCUGUCCAGGACUUACGUAGGCAUUCGUUCAAAUGACGUUCAGAUAUAGAACCCAGAAAACUGCUGCGAACUGUACAGUUUUCCUCACAAUUUUGUGGUGGUACGUGUAACGCCCCAUUUUAUGAAUAAGAGUAAGAGCAUUUGCACUUCGUACUGAGCCCUCGCCGUCCGGUACCCGCGUUCGUUCACACAGCACGUUCGUACUGAGCCCUUGCCGUGAAGCUGCAUUGAGGCUCGACGUCUGGUGCUCGCCGUUCGUACCAGGCUGUGUUCGCACGUAACCCGUCCCCCUCAGCCCUCGUCUGUGAGAUUCUCACCCUCUUUUGGUAGUACUUAUUCUCUUCUGUUGCUGUUGCUGUUGCUGUUUUAUAUGAAGAAGCCUAUGUUUUGCAUAUGUGGAGAUUUAAGAUGAAUCCUGUCCAUUGCAAAUGGGGCUGGAAGAGUCAUUGUUGACAA